AUGAGGAAAGACGACAGACUAAAGUUCAACGUUUUCUUCACAGAUCUCGUAAAAGUUCUAAAAGAGAUAGAUACUUACGAAGUCCUCUCGAUUCAAUUACCAAAAAAUGAUAAGUUUUUCGAAAACGAUCCAAAGCAAAUAACAAGUAAUUUCCUGAACUUUUUGGAUUUGACGGGAAACGACUUUACGAGGGAUGCCAGCAUUGAAAACAAAUUCGAUUCUGCUGAGUACGAGUCCAUUUAUCAAAUUUACCAUGAUAUAAAGAUUGCAUCAUUGAUUGCUUAUUCGAGCAAAAACUCAGAAGCUGAUCAUUUGCAAAUUGAUCAUUUUUAUCGAAUUGCCGUAGAGCUUUUGUUAAAGGAAAGCCUACGACUUGAUAGUACAGUGGUGCUACAAGAGAGAGAAACCAGAAAAUCUUUUCGCAAUGAAAAUAAGCAAAAGGCAAAUAAACAGGAGAUAGAAAGUGAAGAUGAUAUCAGAACAAGUUUGAGAAAAGCCAUCAUCCGCGACUUCGAGCUAAUAACCACUUCCUAUUUCAACAAGUCAGAUGAUGCACUUUUGUUGACUGCGGCUAAUGGCGUUCCUUUCUUCUCCUCGUUGAACAAGCGCAUCUCUGAGUUGGACGACAGAAAGCCAAAUUUCGAUGAAGACGUACCCGUUGAAACCUUAACAGUUGUUCCAAGUCUAUUGGGUUCAAAAUCAGAAAGUUUAUCGCAGUUAUGUCAGACUCCGAUCAACCAGCAAGCUCUGCCAACGGAGAUCCUCUCACAAAGUUUCCAUCCAAAUUGGUACAAUAUCCCUGUCUCUCAAUGGAUCAAGCAUGGAAUUAACGAUGAGGCUUUCUCUUUUGCACCAAUGUAUGAUGAAAGUCGGUCUAUCAUCUCCAAUGAGUGGAAAGGUCUCAUUUGGCUGCAGCACUAUGGCCUCAAAAGAGUAUUGCAGAUCAAAAAACAACUUGAGAAGGAGCAGAAUGAAGAAAACGAAGUUGAUGCUGGGAAAUCCCCAGGAAUUGCAUGCGCUACAAAUGGAGCAGGAAAGUUGCAAGUUUCAAUGGAGCAGGAAACCAUCAAGGCAGAACCAGCAAUCGUUGAAGCUAGCAUUCCGGCUGAUCAGGUAGAGCACGAUCAGACUGAAAAUGGUAUAGACGAAGUUAGCGAGGAAGAGAUUGAACUGGAUUCGGGACCAAUAGAUUUAGAAAAAAUUAUCCAAUGGAAUGCUGGAAAUGUAAUUGAUGAAGACGAGCAGCAAAUUGUCAAUGACAAUUGUGUCCAAAAAACCAUCACCAAGCUCUUAUUAGAAUUGAAUCAACUAAGACGUGAACGUUUUAAAGGCGGUGCAGCUGGUAAAAGGGAGGUGUUCAAACCGAGUAAGACCGAGAUUAUUAGAUUUAACCAGCUAAGGCGCAUGAUAACGGGAAUAAUAAAGCACAAAAAUAUUCAACCACGGAAUUUAGAAAUAGAACCCAGUUCUCAAAUUCCGGUGCUACAACACAAUUACAGCGGUUCGUUACCAUCAUCAAUGAUGAGCGAUGCCCACAACUCGCAGGCCGUGCAAAUGGCAACUUACAACAGACCAAUGAAAAGGCGCCGGUGA